UUUGUCAUCUCUAUCUUUUCGCAAGUUUAUCAAAAUGGCAACAAAUCGUGGUAACCGAGCUCGCCAAACUGAAGAAGUGGAAAAUACCAUUACUUACGUACAAUGUGACGGUUUGGCUGCCAUGAAAAUGGUAAAGCACUGCCACGAAGAAUCCAGUAACAUGGAUUUGGCUCAAGGUGCAUUGCUGGGUUUAGUGGUGGACAAGUGUUUGGAAAUUACAAAUUGUUUCCCUUUCCCCAAGAGCGAUGAUGAAACCAUGGACGAGGAACUUUAUCAAUUGACCAUGAUGCGUCGUCUACGUCGUGUUAACGUCGAUCAUUUCCAUGUUGGUUGGUACCAGAGCUCCAAUGUUGGCAAUUUCCUAUCUAUGGCUUUGCUUGAGUCUCAAUAUCACUACCAGACCAGCAUUGAAGAGUCUGUUGUGGUGAUUUAUGAUACCCAAAAAUCUGGGCGUGGUUUCCUUUGCUUGAAAGCCUAUCGUUUAACACCACAAGCCAUACAAAUGUACAAAGAAGGCGAUUUCACACCGGAAGCUUUGAGAAACAUGAAGGUGGGAUAUGAAAGUCUGUUUGUCGAAAUUCCCAUCGUCAUCAAAAACUCCCCCUUGACCAACAUUAUGAUGAGCGAAUUGUGCGAAAUGACACCUGAAGAACAGGGUCAUAACUUUUUGGACUUGGGCACCGCUUCGGUUCUCGAAAAUCACAUGCGUUGUUUAAUUGAACGCGUAGAUGAACUUUACCAAGAGUCCAUGCGCUACAACAAGUAUCAACAAGUGGUCUUUAAACAAGAAACUGAAAAACAUCGUGCUUUAUCUAAACAAGCUGCAGAAAAUGCUCUACGUGUAGCCAAAGGUGAAUCGCCCAUAUCCGAAGAAGAAGUUCUUAAACAAUUCCGACCUUUGCCCGUGCCACCUAGACUUAAUGCUACUAUUACAUCGGGACAGAUCAAUACGUAUUCACAGCAUAUAUCUCAAUUUUGUUCACAGUCUUUGGCAAAACUUUUUAUUACACAAUCGCUACAAAAUGCUAAAGAGUCUAAGGAAGUCAGCAAAUAAGCCCCAAAUUCACCAUAAGUCUAAACAAAAAAGUGAAAAGCGACACAUUGUAACAAAUAUAUAGAGAUCAACAUUAUCCAACGUUUCAAGAGAGGUAAAAACCAUUCAAAAGUAAUAGUAAGACCUAAACACAUUUUUUAUAUCUUGUUCGAAUAAAAUGUGUAAGCAAAGCGA